UAAACUUUUCCUUUUAUUUCCAUGCUUUGUCUCUCAGCAGAUGUUUUCGCCGGAUCCGCGCUGUCUUUUGUUUGCAGGCAAGUUGGUCUCCUUUGUUUACCGCAAUUGUUAUUCAUGAACAUGUGCAGGUUUUUUUGAAAUUCAAGGAAACUUUGUGCGAAUCGGACUUGAAAACUCUGUUUUGGAACUUAGGAAGAGGUUGGUUUGCUGUGAAACCUCGAAACGGAUUGAAAUCGCAGAAAUUAACCGUGAAGAAACAGGCGUGUUCUUAGUUGCCUUAUAAAGUUUCCGGCGAACAUUUCCUCUGCACUGUUUUGAUUUUCACCUGGAUUGUCUUUACGAACACAGAAGUAGUCUGAUCCUUGUGACAUUCAAGACAGCAGACGAUAGGUUGAGGUUUGGAAGCAAAGUUUAGGCGAAACAUCAGGACAUUAGAGCACAGAAUUUUCCUUUGCCAAGGUGAAAAUAGAGCGGUCCGUGUACACUGGAUUGGUUUAAGCUUUAUGCAGCCUUAGCAGUUAGUUGCACCUGCAGGUCCUCAGUGCAGAACAACAAAAACACUCUUUGCCAGCUCUGAAAAUUCUACGAGCAACACACUCAGGCUGAAUACGAGCAAUAAAAUGGGCCUACAUGUCGACGUUUCAAAUCUCAGUCCUGAAGAAUGCUUCCAAAUCGUCGGUGUUAUUGCCAAGGAUAUUGCAUUGAGGAAAUUCGACCAAGAACGAGUUAGGAAACUUCGCAAAGACUUCGAUGAGCUGAGACGAUCGAUCACUCUCAAAUCUUCAAAGCGUCGUUCGCUAGACGACAACUGCCAGAUUUGUGGGAAAAUGCUGUUAAAAUUCUGCUGUUUGUUCAGCAGUGGGGAGAGGUGCUUAUCAUGCGAGCAUAUGGCGUGUUCUAAAUGUAGGAACAGUCUGUUUGAUCUUUCAGAAGAGAAACAUUAUCUCUGCUUUUUAUGUGUAAAAAAGCGACAGUUGAAAAGAAAAUGCUUCGACUGGUUUUACGAGGCUGUCGAAUUAAAGUUUAAAAGAUUCGGCAGUGCAAAGGUGCUCAGGGGGAUUUAUAGAAGCCAAAAAGCUGAUUCUCGGGUAAGUAACCUGCUUGCAGUGACGCGAGAGAUGACUCUUACGACUGUAGUAUACUCUAAGGCAAGGCGCAUGUCUUCGCUGAAGGCGCCUUCAAGAAACACUAGUUUUAUCAGCAGUUCACCGGGAAGCAGCAGCAUGUCUGAGCAAGAGAAAUUUGAGAAGAGAAAGGCGACAAGAUCAAAAUCGACGGAGGACCUUGGAAUCAUUGGCCGAGGUCAAGGGGAAGUAAAACCAAUAAAACCACGUCAUCGGAAGAUUUCGGCCCCAGCCUGUUUUUGGAUGGAAGUGACCCCAAAGGAAGCGGAUACUAAGCCUCUUGAGACGAUGGAAGAAAAAAGCCGUGGGUCCUCAGAGGAUUCAGAUCUUGACGCGAAAUCUGCUACGCAGACGAUGCCCUCGCCUCUUGCAGAAGAAACAUCAUUUACACUAAAGAUUUUUGGGGAAGUUGAAGUUGUUGCAUUGGCAGUGUUUGCAUUAAUGUUGGCAGUAUUUCUGUCUGUACUCGCAUGCAUUGGGUACAUUGAUGACUUUCAAACAGACAGUGAAGAAGAAGAUUGUCAGGCGGACUGAUAGUUAUGGGAAAAUUUGAUAUCAAGAACAUCCCAGGCCUCUUGGAUUGCAAAGUAUGUGUCAUUUGCUGAACACAUUGCAACAAUUUUCAGUUACACCAUGGACAUUCAACAUCCUUUCUUCGACUUCGAGCUAUACUUGAUCAAUGCUCAGUUCUGAGGUGACUGAUUACUGUCUAUUUGAGUAACUUAUUGUAGUUUUAGGCAUCAUUCCAUUGUCAUGAAUGCUGCUUGAUGCAACACGUGCAGGCUUUCUUUAUAGCUGUACUUGUUGGGAGUAUUUGAAGAGAACUUGACAUCAAGCUAGGCGAGAAAUGCUCAGGAACAUCAUGUUAUCGUAGAUCAUUCCAAACUCAUGAAUAAUCCUUUUAAGAAAUUCAGUUUAACUGUCGCUAGCUAAUUGUCAGUCCUGUCUUGACUCUUAUUUUUGUUAAGAGUUGAGUGCUAUCCUUCGCUGAGCUAAGAUGCUUAAAUUGUCAUCUGAACGUCGUUUUCGUUUACUACAUAUUUAAUACAUUAAUUUUUAGAGUUAAUAUUAUCAAUUACUUAAGAUUAAAUAAUCCGCAAAAAAUCACGUUAUUCUAGAAGCUUAACCAAUCAUGUCAGCAAUAAUUGCUAUUAAGUAUUUGUCAAGACGUAAAUUUGGUGACGUUUUGAUCGCAUUUAAAAUGCAAAAAUACACGAAAAAGCCCUCUUGAUAAAGCUGUUAAAACUUUUUUGGUUAAGCACUUUGUGUUGAAAAUAAGAAUCCAACCUGAUAAAUCGUAAGGCCUUUAUCUGAAAUAUUUUACAUAUUGUCCUCUCAACCAUUUUUGUAACAAGACAACGCAAUUGCCACGCAUUCCAUUUCAGGGCACACAUGUAGAAACUUUAUGUAGAAAAACAUUGACCCAGAAAUUUCUACUUGCACCUUUUAGCCAAGAUCUAAGAGCAAUCAGACUCUUAAAAAAGUACGUUCUUAUUUGCAGGGAUUUAUUGCAUAUACGAUACAUUUAAAUUUUAAUACAAUUUAGUUAUUAUUACAAAAUAAUGUGGAAAAAAGUAGGUGAAUAACGAAGCAUAUGCUUGAACAUAUAAAGAAAUCAAAAUUGUAGGGAUGACAGACUGCAUAAAUAUGCGCCCAUCCUACAGCUAAUGGUGAGGGCCGCCGAGAGGUUUUGGAGGCUCUAGGGCAAAACCGAAAGUGGAGCCCCGUGCGAGCGGAGGGAGCAGGAAAUUUUCGCGACCACGCCCUUCAGUUUAACUUAAAAAACAUUUCAUAAUAGUUCUUGCAGUAAUUUUUUGCAAUCAUUUAAAACUUUUUCAGGUAUACUUUUGCUAUGUUUAUUUCCAUUCUUAAGAUGGAAUUCAUUACUUUAUGAGAACUCCUAGACCUUGAAGCCCUGAGGCAAUUUGCCCCCCCCCCCCCCUCCUCUCGGUGACCAUGCUCAUUGGCUAGAAGGACAGUUCGAUAUAAAGAUUAGAUUGCUGGAGUAUGGAGUGGUUCAAAUUUUACACACACAAUUCACAGGGAUUUAGGUAUAUUGGAAAAGUGUAUAAGUAAGGAUAUGACUAACUUAGGAAAUGACAUGGAGGCUUUACAACGAUGUGCUUGGUUUAUUUUCGCAUUAAAUACCAACCAUCUCUUAGCUGACUGUCAGUAAACAUAGUGUAAGUCAUAAAACGCUUAGCUAUUUUCUCAUUAUGAAGUCUAAGUUCUCUUUUCUUAUGUGAUAGCUGAUAUCUCCUCACUUUAGGGUUGUUAUAAUGUAUUUAAAAGUUUUAUCUAAUUUAUUAAACAUAAUGAACUUUC